CACGUGGCAACUAUAGAAACUUAGUAACAAUUUGCGACAAAACGCGUCGACGAGACGAAACAAGGUGUUACUUCUGCCUGUACCUUUGAUGAACACAAAUAGUUAAAACCGCUGAAAAUACAUGAUAAACGAAACAUAAACGGCGUUCUUGAUGUGACUUACAUGAAGUUUCUUUGUGAACAAGGCAAUUGCUGGUAAGGGAGAUGAUUUAAUUAGUAAAUUACGCUUUGCGUCAUUUCAGUUGGCGUCAAAAAACUGAACAAAGCGAAAAAAACGUAAAUAUAAAAGGAGAAAUGUUUCAUGGAACUGUUCUUUUAUUAUCGACAACUGAUUCUGAAACGUACGAGUGAAUAUAGAAACGAAAGUUGCUAUUUUUCCUUUGAAGUUCCUGUUGGUUUCUUGUUGAAGGGACAGUUCAGUACUGAAGACGAGUUUCGCGAGAAAUGCGUGCGAUAGCUGUUGAAGAUUACCAGGAUGAUCAUUCGGAAUUACCUCAACUUAGUUUUUCUGUUGGGGACAUUAUUCAUAUCACAGAAGUCCUUGAGAAUGGUUGGCUAGAAGGAGUUAUCGGAAAUCAGAAGGGAUAUUUUCCAGCUAGCCAUGUGGAAUUUCAAGAUGAACGGACAAACAUUGUAACGCCUUCUAUAUGGCAUUUUCCAGACGCAAUGCGCCGUUUGUCUAUACGAGGAAGUAUAUGCUCAAUGCAUGAGAAUGCAUUCCAAUACCAAAAACGAAUUCUCUUUCGUAAGUUCUGCCAAGACAUUAAGAGCAAAGUGAAAGCACUUCUUUUGUCUUUUUCCUCUACCCAGGAAUUGCACUAUUACCAGGAAUGUGUUUCUGUUUUAUCCCAAUGUCUCGUUCAAUUUUUUGAAGCGCUUGGACAAUUUACGACCAAAGUAGACGAAGGACUUCGUAAAAUCCUCCAGCUCAUUUCCAAGCUCAUGGUAUUACCAUAUUACUCCUCCCAAAGUCAGGAUUACCAAUUAUGUUAUACAGCGGCGUUGAAAUACCUUGGCAGAUUGGUGCUUUUAUUACAGCAGCGCACAUCUGUGUCUUUAACGGAUCAGUUACCACCAGAUGGUGUACCUUAUCACACUGUUUGUUUUGUUCCCGUUCAGGGUGAUCUGCUUGGGGCUACAUUCGAUGCAUCAGAAGACGCUUCACUCGAGUUGAAUGCUCGCGUACUCACAAAGCUCUUGCUAGCAUCAUCAAAACUUUAUAAAAGGCUUUCUGUUUUGAUUGAAAUCGUAAAUGACAGAAUUUCUACAGACGAAUUCACUGAUCUCCUUGAUUUAAUAAAGCGCUUGUCUCAACUCUUUUCACUGCUAACGGACUUGAAUUUGAAAGAACUUAUCUUGGACGAUUUCAGUGUUCCUUCCUUAAGCGUAUUCACGACUUUAAAAGAUACAGCAAUAGAUGAUAUCUGUGAGCUUUUCUUGCUGGUGCAAACAUUUAUGACGACUGCUAACAAUGAUGGUCAAAUUUCACCCAUAGAAUGUGAAGAGAACUUGAAAACCCGGCUUUCUCGUUUACAGGAGACACUUGUGAGCUUGUGUACGCUCACUGUCUCUUUGUACCAACAGUUUUGCAUCCUACGGGAAGACAUGAAUUCAAAGAGUAUACCUGGUGAUUUUUCUGCCGAAAAUUUACCAGAUGAUGCUUCUUUCGCGGUGGAAUCCUUAUUGAAAAGGGAUCCUAUCAAUGAGCAGAUGUGUUCCCUUUUUGUAGAUUUACGUACACAAAACAACUUGCGUGUAAAUGCAAACGGUCGCGUGCUUAGCGGGAACCUCUAUUCCCUCUUCUGUUAUUUGUUUCGCUAUGAUCUCGACAAUAGCAAUUACACAAACGUGUUCUUUUUGACGUAUAAUAGUUUCACUAAUUCUCUUCAACUAUCCAGUUUCAUUGCGGCAAAACUGUUUGGUGAAUUGAAGCAGCAUUCAGGAAAGAAUACGAAUUUUGGUUCCACAAGGCAAGUAAGAAGAAUGCUGCAAUUGAUGCUUACUUGGCUUGAAUUAAAAAAUGGUAACGACUUGAAGGAAACAGAGUUUAUGUUACUUAUGAACAACGUGUACGGUAUCAUUCACGCUUUGGAAAGAAGACGCUUUGAUAUGAGCUCCAUGAAGAAUUUGUGUCAAGAGAAACUGAAGCAUCGCAAUAAGCGCACUCUCUUUAAAAACGUGCAAGGUUUAUAUAAUGACGUUCCUAAACCUUUGGUACCACCCUCGUUUGCUGGCUUUCGUAUUUACAACCUAAACCCUAUGGAGGUUGCAAGACAGUUGACAUUAAUUGAGUUCCGUUCUUUCCUUAACCUCACAGACGGGGAAUGUCUCAUGAAGAUGUGGGAUUUGAAGAACGCUUUGUAUGGAAUCUCUGAGAAUGAAGGUACACGAGCUGUUUGCUUUUGCUCGAAUCAACUUGUUUCAGCAAUCAUAGCCGAAAUUGUUGAAGGGAAAGAACUUAAAAUAAGGAAAGAUAUUCUGGCAUUCUACAUCUGCCUCGCCUCUGCGCUCUUUGAGCUACAAAAUUUUGCCUCCUUGUUCUCAGUUAUUUCAGCUUUGAAUUCUUCGCCUGUGCAUCGGUUAAAGAAAACUUGGGGAAUUCUGACUGUGAAACAGCAAAAGAUGUUUCAGUCUUUGGAGGAAAUUACAAACACUUCAAAGAACUAUCUGUCAUAUCGUGAAUGCUUGGAAAGAAGUGCACCUCCAUGCUUGCCGUUUAUGGGGGUAUUUAUGACGGAUAUUACAUUUCUGAAGGAUGGAAACCGUGACAAACUUGAGAAUGGCUUAUCCAUUAAUUUUGAAAAGCGCUGGAAAUUUGCUAAUUUGUUGAAUGAAAUUCGGCGCUUCCAGUCGGUGCCUUAUGCAUUUGAACCUGUAGAACAUAUACAGGAAAUGAUAAACAAGCAGCUCGAAAAGGCUUAUGAUGCUGACAAGCUUUAUGCAAAGUCACUAGCAAUUGAACCUCGAGAGCAGGAAAACAGACAAAUGCAAAGGCAUAAUGUGACAGUUGACCGACUGCUCAAAGAAUCUGGUUUUUUAUAGCAUAUUCCUAUUGUAUUUUUAGAUAACAAUUUCAUUUACCAUAACAUUGUUGCAUA